UUGUGCGACUUUAUCCGUCUGGCUUUACUCUGUUAUGGAAGCCAUUUUGGGAUUUUCCUUGUAGUAAUUGUGAGUCAAACACGUAACUUUUAUCUAUUCCCACAACGAUCGCGGAAUUUGGAUCGGGUGUUCGGAUACAUAGUUAUUUCUAUUUAAUUUUUUUUAUAUUGCCGUCGAGAUGCGCCACACAUUUUGCGCAUCCUUGAACUGGAUUGUCAUUUCUGAACGGGACUAUCUUCAAAACAACAGGAGAUUAUAGAAACUGAUGGUCAAACUGCGUGCUCAGCGAAUUACCAUGGAUUUUUCCCCUCUGCACACGUAUACUCCUCCUCACUGUACUCCGGAUAACACGGGCUAUACCUAUUCACUCAGUUCAAGUUACUCGUCCGCAGCCCUCGAGUUUGAGAAGGAGCACAAAAUCAAUCCUGUGUACGACUCGCCCAGAAUGUCACGGCGUAGUUUGAGACUACAGACUAGCAGUGGUUUCUAUGGUGACAACAGCUUCACUGAGCUCACGGGGAAUCACAAUGUCAGCUCCCACAAGCGGACCAGCACCACCACCACCACCAGCAGCAGCAGCAACGUAAACAGGUCUGUGCGGAGCAGGAGGCAGCAGCAGCAGGGGUCGUCCAUGUACGAGUCUCAGAGCGUGACUCAGACUCCACAGAACGAUCAGAGCACAUCAGACCUGAGCUUCAACAGUACCGCCAGUGAUGCGUCUCUGAUCUCCAGCCUGCUGGACAAGUCCACGCUCAGACAGAGCUCCACCACACACAUGUACUCUGCACGGAGACGAAGAACGGCUCACAGCUCUCUGUUGGAGAAUGGAGAUGCCAGUAAAACGGAGGCGCACGCUAAUCUGGCUAACGGCUACAUCUGUAAGGACUGUUCGUUCCACGCAGACGGGAAGGAGGAUGAAACGGUGUUUACUUUACCGUACUCCGCGUCUUCACCGCAUCAGACAGCUGUAGAUGCCACUGUGACCACCUCUCUGAACAGUGUUGACAAUGACAGGACAGCUCAUGACAGCUACUGUGGCAGUGUGAACGUACGAGAUCUGGCGACCGCAGACAGACAUCUCAAUCUCAACGGCUCCCUCUGCGAUGACUGCAAAGGGAAGCAGCACAUGGAAACACGCAUGGAGCAUAAACGCUAUUCCUUCACCCGCCACGUAUUCACAGCCUUGUGGGCCCUUGUUUCUUACACAGGUUACGGUCUUCUGAAGGUUUGCCGAAGCUUCGGCUCUGCCGGUGCGUUUGUGACUCGGAAGCUGAAGUCCGUGCUGUGGUUGGCACUGUGUUCUCCAGGGAAAGCAGCGACUGGCGCCUUCUGGUGGCUGGGAACAGGAUGGUAUCAGCUGGUGGCGCUCAUGUCUCUGAUCAACGUCUUUCUACUCACCAGGUGUCUGCCCAAACUACUGAAGCUUCUUCUGUUUCUGCUACCCUUCCUGCUGCUGUUCGGAUUAUGGUAUCUCGGUCCAACCAUCGCUCUGUCCUUCCUGCCAGCUGUAAACCUCACAGAGUGGAAAACAGCGGUCACCUCUAUCGCAUCACUUCCUUCCCUCCCUUCUCUGCCAUCUCUUCCCUCUUUACCUGCACUACCUUCUUUUAUAAAAGAACCACUAUUUGAAGAACAACAACGCAUCCCACCUUCAGCGAUCUCUCAGGCUGCAUCGGGGUCCAUUGACAGCGAGCGUUUGGCUCGACUCGAGCAGCGUGUGGCGUCACUGUGGGAAAGCGUCCAGCAGGGGGAGCUGAUAGUCAAGCAGCAGCAUGAGGAGGCCGUGGGUUUCGUCCAGGCCCUUCAGGACCAGAUAAACACACAAACAGACAGAGAGAGUCUCGGCCUGUGGGUCUCGCAGCUCCUCGAGCCCAAGUUCAGUGCACUCGAGGGAGAGAUGGAGAGAGAGACGGUCAGCAGGACAGAGACUGAGGAACAGCGUGUGCAGCAACAGACGAGUCUCGAAACUCGACUAGCCGAGCUGGAACUUCUGCUUCAGAACCUGAACUCUAGAACUGAGGAAAUCCAUGUAACACGGCAGACUCCAGAACAGGCCUCUGUCAGUGUUGGAGUGUCUCAGGAGAACCAUGAUGCUUUGCUCUCUGAGGUUCAGAGGUUGGAAGCGGAGCUGGGCCGCAUCAGAGGAGACCUGCAAGGGGUGAUGGGAUGUCGGGGGAAAUGCAACCGGCUCGACACCAUACAUGAAACGGUGUCGGCACAGGUGAAAAAAGAGUUGUACGCUCUGUUGUACGGCCGAAACGGGGGUGAAAUGGAGAUUCCCGAGCCCUUCUUGCCGUGGCUGGCAUCUCAGUACACACGCUCCUCUGACCUCACUGCGAUCCUCAUGACCCUGGAGCGCAGCAUUCUGGGAAACCUGUCUCUUCAGAUGCAGGAGAGCAAACAGCAGCAGUCCUCCGCUGAAACAAUUACUCAGACUGUCGCCCACACCGCUGGGGCUGCUGGGAUGUCAGAGGAGCAGGUCCAGUUGAUUGUCCAGCGUGCGUUAAGGCUGUACUCCCAGGACCGCACCGGACAGGUGGACUAUGCUCUGGAGUCUGGAGGUGGCAGCAUUCUCAGCACGCGCUGCUCCGAGACGUACGAGACAAAGACGGCACUGAUGAGCCUGUUUGGGAUCCCACUGUGGUACUUCUCACAGUCUCCACGUGCUGUCAUCCAGCCGGACAUGUACCCUGGCAACUGCUGGGCAUUUAAAGGCUCCCAGGGUUAUCUGGUGAUCAGGCUGUCUUUAAGCGUGAUCCCGACCUCCUUCUGCCUGGAGCAUAUUCCCAAAAGCCUCUCUCCCUCGGGGAACAUCAGCAGCGCACCUCGACGAUUCUCUGUCUAUGGAUUGGAUGAUGAAUACCAGGAAGAAGGGAAACUGCUGGGUGACUACACCUAUCAAGAUGAUGGAGAAUCACUCCAGAUCUUCCCAGUUAUGGAGAAGAAUGACAAGGCCUUUCAGAUCAUCGAGAUGCGCGUGCUGUCGAACUGGGGUCAUCCCGAUUACACCUGCCUGUAUCGCUUCAGAGUCCACGGCAAACCUCACACUCAAUAAAGCCCCACUGUACAGUACCAUAUCACCCUUUAUGUACAUACAGGAAACGCUCGGACUUUGAUGCGG